GUUGGGAGGAAGGAGCGGGGCGCCGGCGCUGUCGCCGACUGGACGGGCGGCCGGGAUCGCACAGGGGGAAUCGGUGCUCUGCACGUGCUCCCUCCCGGGCAGCCUGGCCGCUGCGGGGAGCCUUCACCUCCCCGCUUUCUGGAGUGCUGGCAACGCAGCCUCCGCCUCGGUACCGUGAAGGGCUCGGCGCCGUCGGAAGAGCCCUGUGCAGCCUCGAGGCUUGCGCGGCGCCCCUUGCUGCUGCAGCUACCCGAGAGGAAGAGGGCCUCUGGAGGGGAGCUGCCCUAUCCAGUGCCCUAAACCCAUGUGAACAAUGGAGUCCUAUGUGGGCAGCUUCAGGCACACGCAGCAGCAGCAGCAGCAGCAGCAGCAGCAGCAGCAGCAGCAGCCGGACUGCGGGAUCCACUUCAAGCUUGCAAGCAAUGUGCCUCCAAAGGCAAAGAGUGCGCUGAAUGCAAAGGAUGGGUCAUAUGGAGUCAGCAUCCGGGUCCAAGGGAUUGAUGGGCACCCAUACAUUGUGCUCAACAAUGCAGAGGGAUGUUUGCCUGACUGUCACGUAGCACCUGCAAACGGCCCACAGGUUGCAACCGAGACACUUGAUAGGUCAGUGCUGGGCUCCAGUUCUGCUCCUGAACUGAGGAAGAAAACUGGCGAAGAAAGACAGUGUUUGGGAACUUAUAGCACGUUGCCAAACAAGUUCAAAAGCCCGCAGGCCAGUGUGGAUGAGGGAGAGAGCAGCACCUUGCAUUUCAAGACUGGGUUCACCCAGUCGCCCAGUCUGUUGAACUUCCAGAGGCAUCCUGAGCUUCUGCAGCCCUAUGAUCCUGAAAAGAACGUCCUGGAUUUGGAAGGCUUUGAGGCUCCCCCAUCCAGUAAAUCCAAAUCUCUUGCAGAUGAAGAGAAACCAGACAGCAAGCCUUGGAGCUCACCUUUGAAGGUUGCUUCAUUAGAUAAAAUGACCCUCCAGUGUGUAGAACUGGCCAAGUCCAAACCAAAAACUGUGGAUUUGACCAUGCCUGCAGUAGGGGAAGACCAAAGCAAGCAGGAGUUGGAAUGCCCCAGCAAUUCUGACACUCCCAAUGGAUUGCAUGGAUCACGUUCUUCUAGUGAUGGAUCUCCAUCUGCUAUAAGUCCGCCCACCUAUCAGGAAACAAGGAAAUGCAGACCUGAUCUCCUUCCUUUCCGCAGGCAAGAUUCAGCAGGAUCAGUCCUGAAUGGCUCACGACGGUCGUCAUCAUCAUCAACUACCCCAACUUCUGUUGCUUCCCUGUACAAGUUCUUCCUUGAUGACCAAGAGUAUGCCAUCUAUGCUGACAAUGUGAACAGGCACGAAAACAGAAGGUAUAUCCCAUUUUUGCCUGGAACUGGUCGCGAUAUUGACACUGGUUCAAUUCCUGCAGUUGAUCAACUCAUUGAAAAGUUUGACCAGAAGAUGGGUCCUCAGAGAAGAGGCAGGCUGGGAAUCAGGAGCAGGAUUCACCCAGACGACCGUAAGCGGUCAAGGAGUGUCGACAGUGCCCUUCCCUGUGGGCUCAAGGUGAAUUCCAGUUGUUCAGAUGAAUUUGGUCAAACUUCGGCAACGUCAUCCAAGCAUUUACUACAGCCCUCUAAAGUUUGCCUUCAGAAGGUGUUCUCUCCAGAUCAGAAGUCAGUGUCUUUUGGGGAUCAAGUUUGUCCUCGGUCUGUGGGCAAACUCCAGGCAGCAGCAACAGCAGCAAGAGAUUCUCCCAGCAAGCAUUUCAACUCUUUGCAAUAUCACAAGCAAAGUAAAAUAGUCUGUGAGAGUUCGGCUUAUCAAUCAUCCACACUUCCAGGCCAGACCAAAAAAAGUGAAAAUAAAAUGGUGACUUCCACUCUCUUGUUACCAAACCGUAUUGUGACUCCGAAACUGCCUGUGAAAACAUUUGCUUCUGCUUCAGCUGCUCAGGUCACUCCUGAUCUGCUGAAGGGCCAACAGGAACUUGCACAGCAAACCAACGAGGAAACAGCUAAGCAGAUUCUCUACAACUAUCUCAAGGAAGGAAGCAGCGAAAAUGAUGAUGCAACGAAGAGGAAAGUCAACCUGGUAUUUGAGAAAAUCCAGACUCUAAAGUCCAGAGCAGCAGGGAACUCACAGGCCUCUGAGACGUCUGCUUCAGUCAAGGCGUUGAUGGAACAGACAAAGGAGCUGGAAAAUGAGGUUUCUGAUCUACAAAGGAGGCUGGAUUUGGAAGUCAAGAACCAACAGAACAUUACAGAUGAAAGAGAUGCAGCAAAGGCAGAGUUGAGAGUUCUUCAGCAGCAGCUGGAAAAGACCGUAGAAGAUAAAGACACCUUCCGGAAGCAGCUGGAGGAGAGCGAGAAAGACCUCAGGCAGCACCUUGAAGAGCUUUUCCAAGUGAAAAUGGAGCAGGAGCAGCAGCAGACGGAGAUCCGGGACUUGCAGGACCAGCUCUCUGAGAUGCACGACGAACUGGACAACGCGAAGCACGCUGAGGAUGGCGAGAGGGAGAUGCUCCUUGGGGAGCUGAUGCAGCUGAAGCAGGAUCUUCAGGCCAUCCUGAGGGUCAAAGAGCAGCAGGAAGACAUCCUGAGGAAGCGAGAGCGUGAGCUAACAGCCUUGAAGGGGGCCCUGAAGGAAGAAGUGUCCAGCCACGACCAGGAGAUAGACCGGCUCAAAGAGCAACACAGCCAGGAACUCCAGACUCUGAGAGGGAGUUUGGAAGAAGUUACAGAGAAAAUGGGCUCCCUGUCCAGUGCCAAGGCUGCGGCCGAAAAGAUGCAGAGGAUGGCGGAAGUUCAAGUGGCCAAGAUGGCAGAGCAGAGCCAGGAGUUGGAAGGAGUCCUUGCAGAGCUGGAAAAGCAAAGCAAAGAACUCCAGCAGGAGCUGGAAAGCAUGAGAGGAGAAGAAGGGAAAAGGGAGGAAAUAAUAAAGAGCUAUGAGAAAGAGAAGCAGCGCUUGGAAGAGGCCCUGGCACGUUUGGUAGAGGAAAGGCAGGGACUGGCACUGGCCAAAACCUCUUUGGAAGCCCAGCUGGAGGAUGCACAGAAGGACGUCAGCCGGCUGAACCAGGAGCUGCAACAGUUAACUGACCAGCUGAAAGACGAAGCUAACCAGAAGGAUCAGUUAAAGAGGAUGAAGAGUGAAUUAGAGAAUGAGAGGUGGCAACUGGACAAGACUAUUGAGAAGUUACACAAGGAGAUGGCAGAAAUCAUUGAGGUUUCACGAACAUCGACGCUGGAGUUCCAGAACCAGCUUGAUGAAUACAAGGAGAAGAAUCGCCGGGAGCUUUCCGAGACACACAGGCAGCUGAAAGACAAAAACCUGGAGCUGGAAAAGGCCCACCUGACAUCCCUCAAGAUGCAAGAGGAGAUGCAUUUUAUGGAAAAAGAAUUACGAGAUCACCAGAGAGCUCAAGAUGAGGCUAUUACCAAAACACAGCUUCUGGAACAGACUGUAAAAGCCCUGGAAUAUGAACUGGAGGCCAAAAAUCACUUGAAAGAAGAUAGAGCAAGACAAGACAAGAUCAUGGAGUACAAGAUGUCCCAGCUGGAACUCGAGCUUGAAGAGGAGCGGAACAAUUCAGACGUCUUGUCUGAAAGGAUCAGCAGGUGCAGAGAGCAGAUUGAGCAAAUGCGGAGUGAGCUACUUCAGGAAAGGGCUGCGAGGCAAGACUUGGAGUGUGACAAGAUUUCACUGGAGAGACAGAACAAAGACCUGAAAAGCCGGAUCUUUCACCUUGAAGGUUCUUACCAGACCAGCAAAGAAGGGCUUCUAGUUCAGAUGGAAACCAGGAUCAUGGAACUGGAGGAGCGGCUGGAGAACGAAGAGAGGGAUCGAGCUAACCUCCAGCUGAGUAACCGCCGGCUUGAAAAGAAAGUUAAGGAGGUCAUGAUGCAAGUGGACGAUGAGCAUCUCUCUCUGACGGAUCAGAAGGACCAGCUGAGCUUGCGUUUGAAAGCAAUGAAACGCCAGGUGGAGGGAGCAGAAGAAGAAAUAGAUAGGCUUGAGAGCACCAAGAAAAAGCUUCAGAGGGAGCUGGAAGAGCAAGUUGACUUGAAUGACCAACUGCAAGGGCAGCUGAAUGCACUCAAAAAGGAACUCAGCAGGCACAAAAAGACCUCUAGUAAAAUGCUGAAUGACCUUGACGACGACGACGACAACUUCAGCACUGAUGGGGAGAGCCUUUAUGAAGCACCGUCAGGAUUUAAAUUCUUAAAGGACGAUGAUCUCAAAAGCUAAAAAUUCAGCUGUUCCAUGAGUUGUGGAUGUUCAGCCUUCAUUGUUGAAAAGCAAUGAGCUACGGACUCUGGAAGCCAAUGGCUGCAGGAAUAUUGGUGCUGGUUGGCAUUUAUAUAUCUCUCCACAGUGUGCCAUUUUCAGACUUGAGAUAUUUCAGAAAUAAACAACCUAAAACACAAAGGACUUGCUUUCCAAACCCAAAGGGGCCUGCAGCCAUAGACAGUACACCGCUAAAUUAGGAUGACGUUUCUCAGCAAAAAUAGGAUGGUUGCUAAAAUUGUGUCCUAAGGAGCCGGCGCCUUCUGUUUCUAAGCAUGGUUAAGCUGCAUCCAUCUGACAUGGAUGCUAGAUUAUUAUUUUUUAAGAGAGAAAAGGGGUAUUUAACCGAUGUAACUAGAGGAAACUGUAUAGAAUGUACAUAUUUUAAAUUAGAUGUUUUAAUUGAUCACACUAGUGCUAUUUUUGUAAAGCUUCCUGUUUUUAUAGAGCACAUGCAAAGUACUGAAAUCUCUGCUGAAAUAUCAUACUAUUUUUCAGCUUGAAAAAGCCUUACAUUCCAAGUAUUCAACAAGCAAGGUUUUAGGUCUUGCUUUUCUAACUGUGGGAGGGUUAGAAAAGCUUUUAUUCACAGGGCUCAUAGAACACAAAGAGCAAGUUUUGAACCAGAAGCAUUGGAUGCUGCUAUCCCAGUCCCCAGUCCUUACUGCCGUUUCAGUGAAGAAAGAGAAUUUUGGGAGCUAGGUCUGCAUCCCAGGAGCAAUGACCUCCACAGGAAUGAGCUCCCAAGGAUCUCAGCAAGGCUUUCCUGACAUAUGGAAGUACUGUGCAGCAGUUUGUGGUGCCUUGAGCUUUUCUCACUUCUAAAUCCUCUUGCUGUUCAUGAAAAAUGAGUUGAGAAAAAAGGGUUCUCCUCUGGAUUUGCAACUUAUUUUCCCCUCAACAAAGCCCCCCUAUUUUUCAAUUGGUCCGUUUCAUUCUGACCCAGCAAAGCCCUUGAGAGCAAACGAACCAGGUGAAGUGAUUUCCUGCUACAGCCAGGUACAGAAUCCCCGACUCUUUACUCCAGCUCUAGUGCACUCCCACUUCGGGUGUUUGAAGCUGGGUAUACAUGAUGUUAGCCAUAUUCUAUAUCAAUCUUAGAGUUUCUUGAGAAAUCUUGUUGUUUGAUGCACUUCCCUCAAACCAGCUUCCAUCCGAUUCUGAAAACUUAAGCUGCAGUUAAGCUGAGGUUUGUACAUUUGAGACAGUCAUUGUGCAUGUGCAGACGACACCUUCAUGCCUUCAUGAAUAGGAUUUUCUGAGGAGGGGGGAGGAAGGGGUUGUAGGCACAGAAAACCAAACAGGUAAUGUGCAUCAGGUGAAGACACUACCCCAUCUCUGGUGUGCACAGCAACAUGCAAAUGCAACUCAAAACAUAUGGGGUUGGGGAAAACAACCUCACUGUGUUUUAAGCCGCUAAUGUAUUGGACCAGAAGCUAAAACAAGUCACUUAGUUCUAAAUGGUUUACCAAAUCUACUGUUGUGGACUACAAAGAACUGCACAACAAGCAUAUAAGGAACAGCUAUCCCACCCCGACUUUGCAUUUUAUCUACAGGCUUUUAUAAACAUGCUUUUGUGUACACUGGGGAGGCUAACCUGUGGCCCUUCUGAUGAUGUUAGACUACAGUUCCCCUCACCAUUCUUGACUAUUGGCCAUGCUAACUGGAGCUAAUGGGAGCUGCAGUCCCACAUCAUCAGGAGGGGAACAGAUCAGCCACUCUGGUGACAUAGCAGCUUUGGUAUUUUACAAAAGGGAGCAUCCUGAUUCAUCAAACUGCUAUACUGAUGAAUGCUGAAUUACAUGUUAAUUAUAGUAGGUGGCCAACUUUGAGGAGUUAAUCAGUUUUGGAAAUCCACUGCUCAAGAUGUUGAGAAUGGACUCCAGUUGGAUGCUGCCUAAAGGUAAAGGGACCCCUGACUAUUAGGUCCAGUUGUGGACGACUCUGGGGUUGCGGCACUCAUUUCGCUUUAUUGGGCGAAGGAGCCGGCGUACAGCUUCUGGGUCAUGUGGCCAGCAUGACUAAGCCGCUUCUGGUGAACCAGAGCAGCGCACGGAAACGCUGUUUACCUUCCCGCUGUAGCGGUACCUAUUUAUCUACUUGCACUUUGACAUGCUUUUGAACUGCUAGGUUGGCAGGAGCUGGGACCGAGCAAUGGGAGCUCACUCCGUCGCAGGGAUUCGAACCGCCGACCUUCUGAUCGGCAAGCCCUAGGCUCAGUUGUUUAAUCCACAGUGCCAUCCGUGUGCUGCCUAGUUAGCAACAAAAACAAGUAUGUCUCAAGUGUACUUGGGAUUUUAAGUAACUAUGGUUAUAAUAACAAUGAAAAUUUUGGAAGCAUUUUUUUUACAUAUGGGUCCACAGUAGCACUGUUAAGGGAACAAAUAUGCCAAUUAAAAAUGAAGGGUAAGGAACCAUUCCUGAUGAAGGAAACUUUGCUUUUGUAUUGGAACAGGUGAACCAUUGUUUGUAUGGCUUGGGCCUUGCAUAAAAACAAUUAACCCUCCAAAUUCCCCACAACCCCGAAAUUGGCAGUACCCUUUAAUAGGAGAAGAAGCUUUAGAUGUGUUGCCAGGGCUAUAAGGAAAAUGGGCAGGGGAGGACAUCAGUCUGUGGAGUUUGUUUGAUCAUCUAAAUAAGCAAAACCAAAUCCAGGCACUGAAGAUCCAGUUAGAAAUGGCAGCUCCCGGGCACCAAAUGAGUCAUUUGGAGUGCUGCUGCAGCAGCUGGCUUUUGAUUGUAGCCUGACUUUGUUCAUGCUAAGAGUUCCUAGGGGCAGGUAGAGGCUUCGAGAGAACUGGAAUUGGGGUGCCAUGGAGGUCUGAAAGAAUCUGAAAACACCCAAGUGGCUUUCCUGUGGAAGUUUGAUUGGCAGAAUAGGCUGGUCCAUCUUAUAGGGCAGCAGAUGUAGGGAAUGGAAAGGGGAUUCUAGGUACCGUCAGAGCACCAGCUUUGUCUGCAGAAGGGCCCCGGUUCAGUCCCUAACCCCUCCAUAUGAACACAGAAAAGCGCUGCUGCUUGGGGCCAAAAAGGCCCUUCCAGCCCAGCAUCCUGCUCUCAUGGUGAUAAACUAGGUGCCUAUUAUGGGAAGCCCACGAGUGGGACCUGAGCGCAACAGCACUCUUCCCGCUUGCGAUUCCCAGCAAGUGGCAUUCAGAGGCACGCU